AUGACUGUCGCAUCUCCACCGGCCUCACCAUUGACACCUUCACGGAAACGCAGGUCACUGCGCCUAUCCAACGUCAACAAUGGCACGACCUCUGCUUCGGGUGAGACUGUCUCCUUCAGUCCCUAUACCAGCGGCACCACCAAUGCCACCUCCUCCUAUUCGAGACGGUCCUCUCGGACGUCGCAGACUUCCUACCAACCACGCUCCCCGGUGACACCCAGACCCAUGUCUUCCAAGUCUUCCAGGCCCCCAUCUUUCUCCCAACGCAGACUCAGUAGGACAAGUCUUCACAGCAACAGAAGUCUAGAACAACUGGAAGACAACAACGGCCUGGGUAGUCUCGCUGACGAGUUGGGACAUGCUUGGGACGGAGAUGAAGACGAAGAUAGUUACCACAACCACGAAGAACAUUCCAAUUUCCUGGAGGGUCUACGAGAAGGUGUCGUUGAACAAGACCCGUCAAUGCGGGAUUUACACAGCCCCUACGACUUGAACGACAUGCACGACUUUGGCUUUGGCAUGGUGAUGCAAAGCCCACACCCGACCCAACUCGAUGGGCCCUCUCCCAUGUUACACGUCCCCCAGACACGUCGAGAUUCCGAACAAAGGGGUCAUCGGAAAUCGGGACAUCAGAGGAAUGAGUCGGCUUAUGAUGGCUCAGAUUAUGGCCCAGAUUCGGAUCUUGAGCAGCCUGAUGAGAGUCUGCCCCCGAUCCUCAGAAAGCGAAUACGGGACCUCGAAAGUCUGACUCGCCUCUGCAUUAAUCCCGAGGAUGCAGUGAGUGAAGGUGGUGGUACCGUUCGCAGAACCAUACAUAGUUUGAAAGAGCUUGGCCCUCAAGGCAAUAUUGAGUAUGGCGUGACUCGAUUGAUCACUGCAUAUACCUCUAUGGCAUCUCACCGAACGAACAAAACCCGAGACAUCUUCACUCAGAGCCACUCCCUGCUGUAUGGUGGAAUGGUGAAUUUGCCGGAAGAGAUCCUCGAUUUACUUCUCGAUGAGGUAAACGAACUCAUCUCGACCAUCCCCUUUCUUCGUCAGCAAAACCCACUGCUCUCCCUUCAGAUCUUGGCGUCACAGACCGAUGAGUUGGGUCAGACACUACGUUCAAUCACCGACUUGUUACAAGAAUUUAAACUGGCAGCGAACACGGCGAGUCGCAAACUCAAGACUGUGCGUGAUCAAGUCGAUGACAUGAGCAUCGAAGAAGAACUCGUGGAAAACAGUAUCAUGCUUAUCCAGGCCGGGGACUGGGAUCGCAGAUGCAGAACCAGACAAGCAGCCAGAACCUGCCAAGAGAUAUGUGAAGGCUUUGCAACGCGAUGGGGUCUUGAUUUCGAUGCCAACCUUGCGGGAGUGCAAGAAAAUGUCAACUCGAGACCCUCAUUGCAACUGAUGGUUUCAGGCUAA